AUGGGGGAUGUUGGUAUUGUCAUGGGGGAUGUUGGUAUUGUCAUGGGGGAAGUUGGUAUUGUCAUUGAGGAUGUUGGUUUUGUCAUUGGGGAUGUUGGUAUUGUCAUGGGGGUUGUUGGUAUUGUCAUGGGGGAUGUUGGUAUUGUCAUUGGGGAUGUUGGUAUUGUCAUGGGGGAUGUUGGUAUUGUCAUGGGGAAUGUUGGUAUUGUCAUUGGGGAUGUUGGUAUUGUCAUUGGGGAUGUUGGUAUUGUCAUGGGGAAUGUUGGUAUUGUCAUUGGGGAUGUUGGUAUUGUCAUUGGGGAUGUUGGAUGUUUGUAUUGUCAUGGGGAUGUUGGUAUUGUCAUGGGGAAUGUUGGUAUUGUCAUUUGGGAUGUUGGUAUUGUUAUGGGGGAUGUUGGUAUUGUCAUUGGGGAUGUUGGUAUUGUCAUUGUGGAUGUUGGUAUUGUCAUGGGGGAUGUUGGUAUUGUCAUUGGGGAUGUUGGUAUUGUCAUUGGGAAUGUUGGUAUUGUCAUUGGGGAUGUUGGUAUUGUUAAGCGAGACAACUAA